AUGUCAGAAUCCGAUAAUCGCACCAUGGAGCCCAACGUUGACGAAAGCUUUCCAUCAGUCAAUAACAUGAGCAACGAAGCCAGUGACAAGAGCCCCACUGUGGAAGUUGAGGCACAAGAACAACCAGCGCAGAUGACGACUCCGAGUCGUGGCAACAGUGAAAGCCCACAAGCUGAUUCCUCACCCUCCGACCAAAAGACUGCAGGUACCUAUGCUCCACCGGCACCAACCAACGAUCCUACUGGUUUGUACACAGAAGCCUAUCGCCGAAGCAUCGCCCCUGAAGAUGGACCUCGUGAACCAUCACCCCCUGCUCAUACAGCCGAUUUCCCGCCGUGGCCAGCAGUCGACUCCUUAAACCGCGGCCAAGGUCGUCGAGUCCGUCCUCAAAGCCGAAGCAGUAUCCCACAGUAUGGAAAAGUCACUUUCCUGCAACGCCAACGUGCGCUAAUCAGCGGGAACAUGCCAUGGCAGCGAGCACAACGACGUACCCAACAACAAUCUCCACCCAAUGGAUAUACUUCUCCAGAUGGUUUCUCGCCUGAUCACUCUCGUUCAGAGAGAGGUGGUCAGACCCCGUCAGCUCCUGGAUACGGUGGCUACCAGCGCUAUGAAGAUAAUCAAGUCCAGGAGCCUGUCCGAAAGGUUGUCCGAGAGCCUACUCGAACUGGACGUGGCGGUUACGAAUGUUAUGAAGAUGGAGAACUUGAUCAGCCUGCCCCAAACGUUGUCCGAGAGCCUACUCGUAAGCGUGCUAGAGAGCCUAGUCGAGAGCCCGCCCGAAACUCAGGUGGCCACCGCAACACCCGACCUUAUCAGACUGAGCGUGAGAACAUGAUGCACAAGCGAUCGGUGGAUGAUAAACCAAAUCACAAUUUCGAAGACUCCGAAGAAGACGAGGAGGAGGAUGAUUUGUUUGUUUAUCAGGGCAAUUAUCGUGCAAGAGUAUCCGCUGGCAAGUCUCGCUCCGAACCCAAGUAUCACUAUACUAGCAAUGACUGGGAACGACUUCCUUCAGCUCGUACUCCUAACAGCCAACCACGCCAAGCUCCCUUGAACGAUGAAAAAUACUAUGAGAAUGUCGCUGAAGAUCUUCGUCCCUCCCGAUACUCUGGAGCUCCCAUGCCUUGGGGAUUGAAUCAAGAUCCACCCCUUGUCGACCAAGAUGAGGUUUCCGAUGCUUUUCUGUUGAAGCGAGGUCUCACACGAGGAAACAGUGAUAAGGUCGCCGCCCGUGCUUAUGGAGCAAACGACCCCGAAAAUAUUCGAAUCGUUAAUCUCAAGGAGGGAGACGACUUGUCGUUCAAGGAAAUUGCCGACAUCCUCAACGCAGAGCGCAUCAAGAAGGGUAACAAGCCAACUUUGACUGGUAUUUCUUGCAAUAGCCGGUACAAUCGUACAGCCCCACUCCUCUUCGCCACCCAAGGCAAGACCUUCGUUCCCCUGUCCAAGCGCAAGAAGGGUUUCAUGUUUGAUAAGCAUGGACAACCCACAGGCCAGCUCGCUUGGAAUGCUACUCUGGACGAAGCACUUGUCAAGGCUGUCAAGUCAUUCGAGAGCAGCAGAUGGUCCACUGUAGCCGGAGUAUUGAGAGAUCAAACUGGCCUCCCAUUCACCGAGGAGAUGGUUGCUAGACGCCAUGCAAUACUUUGA